AUGUCAGACGCUGACGCAAGCGAACUAUCGAGAAAGCCAAAGGUCCUAGUUGCAAGCUUUGACGGUACCGCAGGGCUUUACGAUGCGAUGAAUACGAAUGUCGUCAAAUUCGUCUCAUUGUUAAAGAAAGAUACAGAUAGCCAAAUCUGCUAUUACCAGGCUGGUGUUGGAACGUAUUUUUCUCCUGGAGUGGUGUCACCCAUGUUCAUUUGGCUCGCGAAGAUCUUGGAUGAGGCAUUUGCAUGGUACUUGGAUGCCCAUGUCAUGGAAGGUUACAGGUUCUUGAUGGAUAACUACCGGCCUGGUGAUAAGAUUUGUCUUUUCGGCUUUUCUCGAGGAGCAUAUACCGCACGUGCGUUAGCGGGAAUGUUGCACAAGGUUGGGCUGCUUCCAAAAUCCGACAUCCAACAAGUUGGCUUUGCCUACAGUGCAUAUAAGCAGACUGGUGUACAAGCAGAUGCGCUUGCUGCAGGAUUUAAGCAGACGUUUUCGCGUGACGUCAAGGUAGAGUUCGUGGGAGUCUGGGACACUGUACAAAGCACUGGGCACCGCGUUAAAUUUCUGCCAGCACUUUACCAUCGGCCCCAUACAAAUACACCUGAUCCGGAAUACCUCGAGUUGUCAAGAUUAUCUGAAAUUGUUGCAGUUUUGGAAGACAAUGUUUCCGAUGAAAUUGGUUCACAGCGGAAUAAGCUCCCUCAAGCUGAGAAACGUGCGAAGAAGUUUGCGAGGAAGCUGAAGUUUCAAGGGCUGAAACGUGGUUUUGCUAAGACGAUCUUGCGCCAGCGGAGCAAAAUUGUCGCUGAGAGUGUUAGGGAAACUAUCGUCGUCAAGGGUCAGACAAGUGUGGAAAUACUUGAUAUUCCUGACAUAGACCCGACACCGCCAUCAGAUGUUAUGGAAGUCUGGUUCCCGGGAUGUCAUAGUGACAUAGGUGGCGGAAAUGUUGAGAACUCUGUCAAGGUCUCAUUGGCGCAAGUCACUCUUCGCUGGAUGGUUGAGCAGGUCAUCCUGUCUAACUGUGGCAUCACUUUUGAUGAAGAAGCUCUUGAGCGUAUCGGCAUGCCAUUAUCGAGCUUUCCUGUUUCGCAGACGCCUCCUACUACUGAGGAUCCGACCAGCAAAUCACAACCUAUCGAUGCUGUUUCGCCUUUCGCAGAAGUACCCUUAGCCGCCCCUUCUAGCCCUCCCACUGAUCCCCCCGCCACACCCUCACCCCCAAAUCCCCAAACUUGCGAUGCUCUAGCUCCUUUGUUCGACGAGCUGCAGCUCCAGAAGGCUUGGUGGCUUCUUGAAAUCCUGCCCCUUCCAUCCGCAUGGCAAGAUGCGCAUGGCAAGUGGCACAAGAAAUGGAGGUUCCAUCUGGGCAAAGGUCGCGCUAUUCCCUACCAGCAUCCCAAAUUUCAUUCAUCCGUCAAGGAGCGGAUGGACUAUACACCCUUGAAGUAUGAACCAAGAGCGAUAUACCGACACGAUCAAGUGGUUUUUGUGUGA